UCCUUCUCUUAGUCUUUGUCUCCCUUCACAACCACACAGUGACGACGCAACACAUUCAAUCAAAUAUGCAACAGCUUCCAAAAUACUAAGCACUUUAUGGCAAAACUGUGUGUGUAGUAUAAAAAAAAAAUAUCACAAACACAUAUUCACAUUCAUUCACAAUGAUUCAGUAAUGUUGUACUGUACACAUUUACUUCACAAAUAGUAUUACAGCUGAGCAGUAGUUUAGAUUCUGCCCAAAAUUACAGAAACAGGCCCAAAACAAAGAAAAAAUGAACCGGGGAAGGAGCGGUCAAACAAUGACCUUGUGGUCUAAAUGAAGACAUGACCACUGUCUUACUGUACUAACACUUAUCAAAAGGUCAUAAACUCCAGGAGAGAUCGGAAACUCGAGAAGAGGAGGCGUUUUCUGUCACAGGAUGUUUUCCUCCAAGGGAGGAUGUGUGAGGCUCAGUCACUGCAGCGCCGUGGGAGUUCUUCAAUCACACACAGGGAGGAUAUGAUGUAUAACAGUGAAAGGAACGCGUGCAUGGAACCGGGGUUGAUGAUAUCGGAGUAACGGUCCGGGUUCCUCUGCAGCGCACACUUUGUGUAGUUUGCCGGAGGAGCUUCAAGCUUUAGGUAAUGUGGGAAAGCCUCGGGGACAUUAUUGCGCUGGAGGCAAGUUCACACUCACGGCGCCAAAGAUCAAGAUGAGUGUUUGCUGGAUGUUCAUCAUCCUCCUGGGCUGCAAGUUCUCUCAUACCGCUCUGUCUCAGAGCACAUGCAACUGCAACGAGCAAAUGAAAACUCCCUGUGUACCUGUGCAUGUGCCGUGCCCAAAUGUGACCGCUGACACGGUGAAUUUCAACCUUUUCAAGGACCAGGAAGUGAUUUCCUACGCUGGAUGCAACAAAUUCAACAAUACACUGAACUGUUUGGAAACAAUCAAAAGGGAGGGCGUGAAACUGCAAAUCAACCAGCAGCAUGAAUCGGUCAGCUUCCUCCUCACUGGAGUGACUGACAGUAGCUAUGGAACAUACAGGUGUGACAGCACAAUCACGUUACCUCCACCCUUUCGAAAAGUGCCAAGCACUUUGAGGAUCCAGGUAAUUGCACAAGGACACCUUUGCAAUAGCAACCAAAACAGCAGCAGCCUAUAUGAGAAUCCGAGCCCUGGAUUUGUCUGGAUUUGGAUUCUGGUGAUUAUACUUGUCAGCAUCUACAGCAUCAUUGUCACCAUCGUCGCCUUUGCCAACUGGGUCAAGCUGAGGAAGAUGGACUCGCAGAGCGAUUACAUGAACACCAAACCCAGGGCGCCGAGGGAGCGCAGGAAGAAGAAAGGGGUUCAGAACCCUAUACCACGACACUUCUGAUUUCUCAUGCAUCGGCUGACCAUUUGCACAGCUAACCCCCACCCCCCACUAAUUUAGAUGUGAACAGACGGGACGUCCUUGUAGGAGCUCACUCUGGACAUAAGAUUAUUGUGAGUGAGGCUUUGUGAGUUCAUGUAGUUGUUGUCUUGUGUGUACACAGCAAAAGUAGCAGAGUCUUUUACAUUUGUGGUUGUAUUAAACAA